AUGGGGUGGCAUACCCACGCAUCUGGUACUCGUGACCCUCCGGAGGUUCGCAACUGGCGAAUACACCUCAUUGCCCUCGUCGCCUCCAUGUCGGCUCUUGCAAUGGGAUAUGAUACAGCGGUUAUUGGUGGGACCAUGGCGUUGAAUUCAUUCGUUCGAGAUUUUCACCUCUCAGACAUCUCCAAAACUGAUAGGGAUACCGUCCAGGGUAAUAUUGUUUCCACGUUCCAGGCUGGCUGUUUCUUCGGAGCUCUACUCACUUUUCCCAUUGCGGAGAAGAUAGGGCGCAAGAAGACGGUGAUGAUUGCUGCGCUUGUAUUUCUCCUUGGUGGUACUCUCAUGACGGCCGCCCAGGGUAGUAUGAAUAUGCUCGUCGCUGGUCGUGCCAUUGCAGGAUUAGGCAUUGGAGCCUCGUCUCUGACUGUUCCUGUCUACAUAGCCGAGACCGCUCCACCAUCUAUUCGCGGGCGGCUUGUUGGCAUCUUUGAAAUCGCCUCGCAAGGAGGCGGUAUGCUUGGCUUUUGGAUCAACUUUGCCACAGACCAAACUAUUGAUGUAAACAAGCAGGCACAAUGGAUUGUGCCCCUUGCGCUCCAGCUGUUCCCCGGCGUUGCCUUGUUCCUGGGCAUGAUGUGGUGUCCGGAAUCACCGCGCUGGCUUGCACGAGGCGACAGGUUUGAUGAGGCGGAAAGAAUCUUGACAACGUUACGUGGUCUGCCAUCGACUCAUCCUUAUAUCCAGGAAGAACUUGGCGACAUCAGGGCCCAAGUCGAAGAACGAAGCACAAACCAUCUGAGUCGCAAGGCACAGUUCAAGAAACUCUUCCAGAAGGGGACGCGCAACCGCAUGGGUAUUGGUUUGGCCCUCAUGUUUCUUCAAUCUUUCACUGGUGUAAACAUCAUCACUUACUACUCCCCUCGGAUAUUUGAGACACUGGGUGUUUCUGGAACAUCUCUUAAGCUCUUCUCAACGGGCUUUUAUGGCAUUGCGAAGACCCUUGGCAUGAUCGCUUUUACUUUCAUUGUUGUCGAGAAAGUCGGUCGGCGAAAAGGGCUCAUCUGGGGUGCGGCCCUGGGUUGCAUUCCAAUGUGGUACAUUGGAGGCUACGUCAUGCGCGCCGACCCGGCUGGAGCAGCCGCAAGAGGAGUAGUCACCAGAGACGGCUGGGGGUAUCUGGCCAUGGUAUGUAUUUACGUGAACGCCUUUGUGAUAUGCGCGACUUGGCAGGGCAUCACUUGGACAUAUGCUUCGGAGAUCUUCCCCCUGGAUAUUCGAAUGCUCUGUGUGUCGCUCACCACGGCCGACACCUGGCUCGGAUCAUUUAUCAUAGCCCGCAGUACCCCAUAUAUGAUCUCGGACUUGGGGUACGGGGCCUACUUCUUCUUCGCCAGCAUUCUCGUGGGCAUGGGAAUCUGGUCAUUCUUCUUCGUCCCUGAAACGAAAGGAGUCACACUUGAGGAAAUGGAUCUCCUAUUUGCUCAGCCAGUCCAUAAAUCUGUGUGGGCCCAGCUUACCGGCAGGCCACUUGUUGACGCGAGGUCAGACGACGCAAGUGUUCUGGACGAGAAAGAUGUCAAGGUGAAGCACAUAGAGGCGGGCAAAAGUUAA